AUGCUGAACGUUGUACAGCACCUGGCCCUCGAAGAUCCUGAUAUGGUGCAAGUUGUAUAUCUAACCCCUCGUACUGCUGCAAACAAAACUAUUAUCGCUCUAGAACUACACAGCGAUACAUACAGCAAGAAACCUGGAAUACUUGUAAUUGGAACACUAAAUGGAAUGACGUGGGGUGGACCGAAUGCUAUUAUCGAGUUAGCGGAAAAACUCCUUUACGACACAAACUAUCAAACGCCAUUUUUUAACGAUUAUGAUUGGUAUCUUAUACCAAUAGCCAAUCCUGACGCGCUUGAAUUUUCUACAAAUCUUCGAUAUUAUACUUCAAUAGAUCCUACAGAGUGGUCACGAAACCUUACUGCUAGAGGUCUCAAAACGAAACCUGCAGUAUGGCAUAAAAACACUGACAAGAAAGAGGGACAAGAUUGUUUCGGAACGAACAUCAAUCGCAAUUUCGCAUACCACUGGCAAGACGAUGUGCGUAAGACUCCAGAUGAAUGCUCGCAGUAUUAUCCUGGAUUGAAACCGUUUUCUACGGCAGAAGCGCAAGCGAUACGAGCUUACAUCCAUAAGCUCGCCGAUGUUGCACAUUUAGCAGUACAUCUUCAUUCAAGUUUUGUUCCGAAAAAAGAAUUUAUAUUAUUCCCAUGGCGAUAUACAUCACAUCAACCAAGCAACUACAGGACCCUUCAAGAAAUUGGAGAAUAUGCUGCGCGAAAAGCCCGACUUCCUGACGGUAGACUUUAUGAGGUGCACCAAGGAAGCAGCGAUGAGCGUGUGGCGGGAACUCUGAGUGACUACCUUUCGGGCGUGGUUGGGACAGAACUUGUUUUCCUAGUAAAGCCGUACCAUGCAAUAUUUCCCAAUUAUACGGAUUCUCAUUUAUUGGAAACCUACGUUCGCAAAUCAAUAUCAGUGAUUCUGAGCUUGGUUAGAGGCUGGAGAAGCAAUACCAAGCAGAACACUCUUUCAUUCUUUGGCAAAGAUGUUGAAUUU